AUGCCACGACCCACACACACCCACACCGCCCAGACGCCGCGCCAGUCGACGCCGACCUCGUCAAGCUCGUCGAACACAUCGGGUCACGCACCCACCGCGAGGAGGCGCAAGGGCGUGCCAGUCAAGUCGCCAGGACGGUCACUCGCACCCUCGACUCUGUCCUCGUCGACCCCAGCGGGUCCGCGAACGCUCUCGUCGACCGUCAACGCGCCUCAUCUCCUCAAGGUCCUCCUCCGCGACUCGGACCUGCCUCGCUCGUCGCUCGACAACAAGCGCUUCAAGCCCGCCGCAGAGAAGGCCAAGAAGAAGAAGACGAGCCAGCGGGACACCCUGCCGCCUGCGCUGGAGGGCUACGGGCGUGGCAGGCGCGGGACUUCGCUGAGCGCGAUCACUUCGGCGGAGGGAGACUACGACCUGUCCGGCGCGUAUGCGGCGAUGGGACGGGGCAGGUCGCCUGGUGUGCACACUGCAGGGGGCAGGAAGGGCAAGGCGAACGGCGUCCACCACCACCACCUCUCCUCCUCCGCGAGGCGAACUCAUGCCCCCGCGCACUUCCACCCGUAUGCGCAUACAUCGAGCCCCUCGUACCAGCCGUCGACCUCCGCCAUCCCGUACGCCGACCCGAGCAGGAUGGCGCGCGCCUUGUCCGCCGGUCUCGCACACGCCAUGCCGCCUGCGUCUAUCGCGCCGCCUCACCUCGCACACCCGCCGCAGCCUUACUACCCUCCCAUCCCGCCUUCGUCGGCUGUCCCCGUCCCUUCUCCCCUCGCGAGGAGCUUCUCGGCGAGUGGAGCCGAGCGGCUGGCGAGGCAGCGGACGCCGAGCGGGUCGACCGGAGUCGCGAGGGUCGCGGAGCUCGCUGGGACGCCAGUACCUGGCUACCACGCCGUCGCCGCAUGA